ACCCCCUCGUGCGCUUCAAACAGAGGGAACUAUCUUGCGGUGUUUUCGGUGUCUUUGGGAGCCUUCAGCCAGUCCUGUCAUAUUUACUCUGGUCGUGCUGUUUCACAGAAACAGACGGGUACAAUAUGCUCAGCUGUUCCACCGAGAACAAAACUUAACUUCAAGUCGGUUCCUGUCACGACUAUGCUGCUUUUAACCCUGUGAACUCCAUCCCAGCAGAACAAUGAAAGGCCUAAACAAAAGAAAGUUUGCUGAGGUUGAGAGGAAUCCCUCGUACUCUCCCGACUCCUCGCCGUGGGAGUCUGUUGCGGAGGGCAGAGACUCCACACCUCCCAGUGUGCCCAGUNACUCCAUCCUGAAGAGGCCGAAGCUUCAAAAAGAACAGAGGAGGGUCUCCUUUGGUUCUGUGACGGUCUUCAGCUUCCCCCGCUGCCAGGGCUUCACCAGUGUCCCCAGCCGAGGAGGUGCCACUCUCGGCAUGGGUCAGAAACACAGCGCCCUCCGAAGGUAUACGGUGGCGGAGCAUGAGCUGGAGCAACGGCACAGGUGCCGAGAAAGACACAGACAGAAACUGAGAAAAGAGAGAAUCGAGGAAAUAAAACAAAAACUGAUCACGAGUGGAGCUGUCGACCAACACGAAGCUAAGAGGCUCGCCAUGGAUCAGGUCCAGGAUGAAGACUUGAAUGUUGAUGUCAGUGAGCGUGAGCUGGAGGACGGAGGUUUUCUUCCACUGUUUUCCUCCAGACAGCGCAAAGCCCUCCUCCAGGCCGCAGGGGUGAAGUUCAUUGACAGGGAGGAGAAGAGGCAGCUUCAUGCCCUGAGACUCUCCAGGGAGGCCUGUGGAUGUGACUGUCAGGGUUUCUGUGAGCCAGAGACCUGCGCAUGCAGCCUGGCUGGCAUCAAAUGCCAGGUGGACCGCUUUAAUUUCCCUUGUGGUUGCUCUAAGGACAGCUGUGGAAACACGCAGGGCCGCGUGGAGUUUGAUGCCAGGCGAGUGCGAACCCACUUCCUCCACACCGUCAUGAAGCUGGAGCUGGAAAGGCGACUGCAGGACGAAUCCGUAAACCCAGAGGACCACGCACAACUUCCAGAGGAACUCCACGAAUAUGAAAGUCAGGACAAGGAGGUUCCAGAACAGAGCAGCCCCGAUAAGAGAUGUCCGUUCGGGUUCACUCUGGAGGAAGACGGCCUUCCGCUCACCAUGCCUGCCGCUCCUUCCUACCAUUUCAUUCCAGAGCACUUGGGAAUGGAGGAGAACAGCUGCAGCAGUGAAACGACCGAGUCCUCCUGCCUCUCCUCGGACUCUGACGCAGGUUUUUUCAGCAGCAGUCAGAGUCUUCCUGAUGUCGAUGCCGGUUCGACUCGCGACCUUCACUCUGAAAAUGACUCUUCAUGUGACCACCUGAGGCACAUAAGAGAACCGAUGCAGCAGAGCGGUGGCUCCGCCCCUCACACCACAGCAGCUGACAAUACAGGACCAUCCAGGAGCUUAACUGUCACAGACAAGUCGAGCAGGAGCUCGAGUUAUCUUGAUGAUAAUGCAAACCAGUCUACAGACUUCAUUGAGGACCUUGAGGUCCUCCCCAACACCCUGUCCUCCACUGUGGACUAUUCUUUCAGCAGAUACAUGGACCUGAGCCUCUCCUCCGACUCUGACCUGGAGUUCUUCAGCAGUGACUAUCCCUCUGGACCACCGCAGAGCUCUCUGAAAGACUACAGGCAUGCAUGCAGCUUCCAACACCUCCAGCAUCAGCUGUGCAGCUUUGUGGGUCUGCCACAGUAUGACUCGAGCACACAACUCCUGGAGUCUCUGUUGGGCUGAUGGACCAGAACUCUCAGAUCCACAGAUUUCAUAACUUAUUUCAAAAAAUAAAUUAAAGAAAAACAUAUAUGGGAGAAUUUGCUGUAAAAAGAAUGACUUUUGUGUAUUUGAAAAUUGUGUUCAUGAAUUGGCCAGCGUGCAAAGAAUGAAUUGUAAUUUUCCUUUCUAGCUGGAUAUUUUUCUAAUUGUAUAAAUUGCCUUUUAAUUUACUUUUUUAAAUAAAUGACAAUUUAUUAAUGUG